AUGACCGUACAACACAAUAGCUGCUUCUUCAUCACUCCGAACGACAAACUCCGAGGUUUUUGUAAUGGAUUCAGUAAAAAUGGCGGCGCGUUAGUUACGGUAAUGUCGAAAGGUAGAGACUUUCCAGAGAAAUCAAACGAGAAACGACCCGUUUUGCGAAUCAAUGUCCCGAACAUAAUCCUUGCUCGAUCUGCGAUUGCUGUUCUGGGUUUGGGAUUCAUCGAUGCUGGGUAUAGUGGUGAUUGGUCAAGAAUAGGUGUGAUCUCCACAGAAACAGAGGAACUGUUAAAGAUUGCUGCUUUUCUUGUUGUUCCUCUCUGUAUCUUUCUUGCACUUUCAUUUUCCAACGAAUCAACUGAUUAA